CCUUCCUCUCCUUUUCCUCGCACCCUGCUACAUUUCCUUCCAUUUCUCCCCCCAAACCCUGGGGACUUCCCCGCGCAAAUUCGCUCCCAGCAGGAUGAAGCUCUCAUCCAAUCAACAUCCUCAGAGAAUCGCAUUCCUUGGACUUUUCGCCAUUCUCUUGCCGAUUUUUGUCCCGAAUCUGUUCGCCCCCUUGGGCCGCGCCUCUCCUUCUCUCUUCUCCGAAUGGAAUGCUCCAAGACCUCGGCAUUUACCUCUACUUGAGGGCGCUAUAAAUAGGAAAACUCCGAUUAAGCAGCAGUCUGAGUUAUGGUCUCCGUUGCCGAAUCAAGGGUGGAAGCCCUGCAUUGAGUCCAAAAAUAUCCCUUCAUUGCCGGAGAAAUUUCAAGGGUUUAUUCAGGUAUUUCUUGAUGGAGGAUUAAACCAGCAGAGAUUUGGGAUCUGUGAUGCAGUUGCUGUUGCUAAAAUAUUGAAUGCAACACUGGUGAUACCACACCUUGAAGUAAAUCCUGUCUGGCAGGAUUCAAGUUCCUUUGGGGAUAUAUUUGAUGUGGAUCAUUUUAUUAGUGUGCUUAGUAAUGAUAUUUCUAUUGUAAAAGAGAUGCCCAGAGAAUACUCUUGGAGCACUAGGGAGUAUUAUGCUACGGGUAUUCGAGCUACUAGAGUUAAAUCUGCACCCGUCCAUGCUUCAGCUAAUUGGUACCUGGAAAAUGUCUUGCCUGUUUUGCAGAGUUACGGGAUUGCUGCUAUUUCCCCAUUCUCUCACCGAUUGGCAUUCGAGAACUUGCCAGCAAAUAUUCAACGCCUACGUUGUAAAGUCAACUUCCAAGCAUUGGUUUUUGUCUCUCAUAUCAAGAUGUUAGGAGAGACCCUUAUUCAUCGCCUCAGGUAUCUUCCUAGCAAGUAUCAAGCUUCACAGGCUGAGUUCCUGCAGGAGAAAGUGGAUGAUGCUGCAGAAGGAGCUGGAAAGUUUGUUGUAUUGCAUCUUCGGUUUGAUAAAGAUAUGGCUGCCCAUUCAGCCUGCAAUUUUGGUGGAGGUAAAGCUGAGAGACUAGCUCUAGCCAAGUAUCGCCAAGUGUUAUGGCAGGGAAGAGUCUUAAACUCCCAGUACACUGAUGAGGAGUUGAGGGGUCAGGGCCGCUGCCCAUUGACACCAGAGGAGAUAGGGUUGCUGCUAGCAGCUUUGGGUUUUGACAACAAUACUCGGCUCUAUCUUGCUUCACACAAGGUUUAUGGUGGAGAAGCAAGGAUUUCGUUUCUGCAAAAACUUUUUCCAUUAAUGGAAGAUAAGAAGAGCCUUGCUUCUGCAGAGGAGCUGGCUGAGGUUGAAGGCAAGGCUUCUUUAUUGGCUGCAGUUGAUUACUACGUGAGCGUCCAAAGCGAUAUCUUCGUCUCUGCUUCCCCAGGAAACAUGCACAAUGCACUGUUGGGACACAGAGCUUACUUGAACUUGAAGACCAUAAGACCAAACAUGUUGCUGCUGGGACCACUCUUCCUGAAUGGGAGCAUUGGAUGGUCUGAGUUUCAGCAGAAGGUUAUAGAUGGGCAUAAAAAUAGACAAGGACAAACCAGGUUAAGAAAGCAGAAGCAAUCCAUAUAUACAUAUCCUGCUCCUGACUGCAUGUGUCAAGCUUAAUUGGAAGUAAUUUAGAUGUUAUUUAUUUUAUUAGACUUUAUCUAAAAACAAUGUGGCUGCCAAUAUCUGUAGCUUGGAUGUAUUGUCAGGAAAUAUGCUCCUAAAUGUUCCAAAUGUAACUAAUAACCUAGCAGCCAAUGAUAAUCUCUUGUUGGCGGGGUGAGUCAUUCGACAUUACGACUGGGUGGGUGUGAGAAAUGAGAAAAGAUUAGGUUUCCUCGUGCAACCCACAGCGAAAAAUGAUGUUGAAAAUGUGUCUACAUUUCUUUUUUUGGGGGAAAAAUGUAGGCAUGUUGAAUUAUGAGAACACGAACAUGUGGGCAGUGCCAAUUUAGAGGCUUUAUUCAAUGGAAAUUCAUUUAGGUUAUGUUUGGGAACUUAAAUUUGUAUUUGAAAGAUGUAUUUAAAAUACAUGUAAUUUAAAGUA